AUGGAGUCCCAGACCAGCUCUGCCUCGACCACGGCUGCAACCGCCGUGCCGACAUCCAGGACCUAUACUAAGGCAGACGUGUCCGUGUUUUCCCCCUCGCUUAUAAUUGCUCUUGCAGUAUGUUCUGGUGCAUUCCUACUCGUGCUGUCUGGUCUUCUCGUCCUCAGGGUGUAUCUCCACCGCCGCUGCCGGUCCGCUCAGAGCAAGUACCUCCAAUUCGAUAUCGAAUUUCCCCGCGCCCUGUCUCUUUCCGGCCCCCAUGACACGUUCACCGGAAAUGACACUCAAGGUCCGCGAAAGCUCUUCCUCCCGGCUAUGGCGGCCAAUAGAUCCUCGCGCAAACAACCGCCCUCAACGCCCCUCGGCAAGCUUGUUGACAAGUAUAAGCACUACAAGUCCCGCAAGGCGUCUCCGGCGAGCUCGUACGACGGCUGGAACGACUCGACCCUCCUCGAUAGCGACGUCGAUCUCAAGACCGGAUUCAGCCCCGACUGGGCGCAAGAGCACGACGUGCAUCUCUUUCCCACACACGACGACUUCCUCGAAGACGCCUCAAGUUCCUCGCUAGACUCCUCAGACGACGGGCCCGCCCCUGACGCGGCUUCGGCUGACACGACCAUCAAUGUCCCUUCGGUGCAGCGCCCCCCGCCGGCGAUAGUGGUCGACCACUGCGAGUACCUGCCAGUCCCGACGCAGGGCGUGGCCAGUGCGCUCACCGGCCAAUCCGCUGGCCCAGGCCAUCUUCAAGUUCCCAGGGAUACGUGGACGGCGGUCGAAGGGGCAGAGUCGGAACGCGACCCCCGCCAGUCUGAGGGCAACUCAUCGGAUAUCUUCACCCCACUACCGCUCCCGCGUGGCCUCAGGGCUCAGUCCGUAUCUGGUGCUCGCGUCGACGACUCUGGUUCUAGUCUCUUCGGUUUGGGGAUCUCAAUACCGUCCUCGGUCCCGCCGCUUCCUCACCAGCCGUGGGCCUCGACCCUUGACAGCGCGUCGAACUCAUCUCAGGUGUGCCGUGGUCAGACUCCCAAAGAGGUCGUGGAAGCGUACAGAGCUGCACCCUUUGCUCCCUUGCCUCUGUGUACGCGUCUUCGAAGCGCAUCCGAUUUGGCAGAGUUCAUAGCACAGCUAGUCUGUGUGGAAGGAGAAGCAAAAGAGAGGGGUAUCUCGGGUAAUCUCGUUAAGUGGUCGGGGACACUUACCACGGGUAAUAACAAUGGCAGUGGUAUUGAUAUCCUGGUCGCGAAAGUUGUGUCAGCAGAGUAG